AUGUCUGGCAGAGGCAAAGGAGGAAAGGGUCUCGGAAAAGGUGGCGCUAAGCGACACAGGAAGGUCCUUCGUGACAACAUCCAGGGCAUUACCAAGCCUGCAAUUCGUCGCCUUGCUCGCAGGGGAGGCGUGAAGCGUAUUUCCGGCCUCAUCUAUGAGGAGACUCGCGGGGUGCUGAAGGUAUUCCUGGAGAACGUCAUCCGGGACGCCGUCACCUACACCGAGCAUGCCAAGAGGAAGACUGUGACCGCCAUGGACGUAGUUUAUGCUCUUAAGCGCCAGGGCCGCACUCUCUAUGGCUUCGGAGGUUAA